AUGUCCUCGCACGCAGCUGCCCCGUCCUCAACUGCAUCCUCUUCCUCCUCAGGUGGUGGUCAUGGAUCCGCAGGGGGAGGCUCUACCCCCUCCCACCUCAAUAGCCCAUAUCGUGCUUACCAACUCUGGCAACGCGCGACAUACCCCAAGCAGGUUUGGAUCUUUGUUGGCAGUGGGCUUGGACUUCUCGUCCUCUGCAACAUCAUCUAUCUCCUACGCGUCAGAUCACGCAAGAAUGCUCUCAUGCGUAAGAGCACCGCGGGCCCUCGUGGUGACCCAGAGAAGAACGCCACUUCGUCGACCACCUCCUCAUGGAACCGAUUCUUCGGUGCUGCAGAUGCCGCUUUCAAGAUUACGGCGUUUCGGUGGACUAUUCCCUAUGGACGCAACUACGUCCUGUCUCUCAGCGAGGUAUUCUUCACCGUCGGCUACCUCGCUGCACUUCUCAUCUGGAGCUUUGUUCACUCUCAUGGUGCUCAAGCGGGUUUCUGGGCCCAACGUACUGGUGCCAUCGCCUACCCCCAGUUUAUGCUCCUCCCUCUUCUUGCUGGCAAGAACAAUCUCAUCACUCUCGUCACCGGCCUCAGCUACGAGAAGAUCAACAUUAUGCACCGUGCAGUGGCUCGAACGUUGUUUAUCCUCAUCCUGUUGCAUACCUUCCAGAAAGUCGAGACGUUCACUCCCCCCAAGCUUGCCGCUGAAAAGUAUCUGACCGGCACCAUGGCCACGGUUGCCUUUGGCGCCAUCUUCCUCACCUCUCUGCGACCCGUUCGCACUCAUGCCUUUGAAUUCUUCUUGAUCAUGCACAUUUGCCUCGUGGCAAUCUUCCUCUCUGGAAUAUAUUUCCAUCAGCCCAAGGAUGCUAUCUAUGUGUGGCUCUUCAUCGCGUUCUGGCUAUUCGACCGUGUCUCUCGUGGAUUGAGGAUGAUCUUCAUCAACCGCGGCAGCCCGACCUCCACCGAGGCCAUCGUGGAAAACGUCUCACGCGACUCAAUCAAACUCGUUCUCCCCAACCGCCAUAUCACGUGGAAGGCUGGCCAACAUGUGUUCCUCAUUUUGCCUGGUGUCUCCACUAUCCCCGUCGAAGCCCAUCCAUUCACGAUUGCCAACAUUCCAGACCGUGAUCAGAACGGAAGAGCACGUCCAACAGACCUCGUCUUCUACAUCCGAGCCAUGGACGGCUUCACAAGGAAACUGCACGACUACGCUGCCAUCAACCACGCAAAAUCUGUGGUUGCACUGGUCGACGGGCCAUAUGGUGGCUCUGGAGUCUCGUUUACACUUCCUCUCCUCUUGGACAUCAUCUCGGCUGCUCGUCGACAGGCCACGCCUGUGAAACGGGUUGUAUUUGUAUGGACCGUAAAGACAUACGAGGACCUCCGCUGGGCUUCGGAAGCUAUCGCUACCGCCACGCACAACGCACCGUCAACCCUAAAUCUGGACCUCCGAAUUCACGUCUCGCGUGCCAACCCUCUGGUACCGUCUCUUAGUAUGUCAGGCUUGAAGAAGGAUGUUAGUGGCAGCGGUCCUCUUUCCCCCAUCUCGCCAACCGAAAAAUCGCCUAUUGAGAAGGAUACGGGCAGCCCCAUCAAAGGCUCUUCCCGUGCAGAGAUCAUCACCACUCUUGCUGAAGAUGCGUCAACUCAUGAAGGACACCUGGCGGCUGCCAUGAGUCAUCUCAAGACCUUGGUUGGUCGACCGGAUAUCUCCUCCAUCAUCCAAGAAGAGAUUCAAGCUUCCACGGGUCCCGUCUCCGUCAAUGCGUGCGGCCCGGCUCGCUUGACCAAAGCGGUCCGUGCUUCACUCACGUCUGGAGCUGCUGGUCCAUCGGCCAUGCUCCAUGGCGGCGUGCCCGUCUCGAUGUACAUUGAAAACUUUGGUGCCGUCAGAUCAUCUUCCUAG